CUUGAUAUAACAACAGCCCGGCAUGAUAUAUCAACAGUCCAGCAUGAUAUAACAACAGUCCAGCAUGAUAUAUCAACAGUCCAGCAUGAUAUAUCAACAGUCCAGCAUGAUAUAACAACAGUCCAGCAUGAUAUAACAACAGUCCAGCAUGAUAUAACAACAGUCCAGCAUGAUAUAACAACAGUCCAGCAUGAUAUAUCAACAGCCCAGCAUGAUAUAACAAUAGCCCAGCAUGACAUAACAACAGCCCAGCAUGAUAUAACAACAGCCCAGCAUGAUAUAUCAACAGCCCAGCAUGAUAUAACAAGAGUCCAGCAUGAUAUAAUUAUGUUCAAUGAUGGUUUAACGAGGUCUAGUCCGAACUCACAGCUGAUGCAGUAG